GGUGUCUUGCAACUGACGUAAUGCUCGGAGACUGAGGUCCUGACAAGCGAUAACAUUUCUGAUAAAGAACUGAUCUCCCUGCCAUCUCAAGCCCUGCUCUCUCUGGGUGCCUGCUCUUCCACCAGCCCUUGGCUUUUCCCUUUUCUGCCUUUUUUUUUUUUUCCGGGGGGGGGGGGUUAAAAAAAAAAUAGCCACCCCCCCAAACCAGGCACAUCCUAGAUCUAUUUCCUUUCUCUCGCUUUAAAAGCGGGGAGGAGGGGGGUGGGGGGGGGCAGGGAAAAAAAACCUCUUUUUUUCCUCUCCCCCCCCCCCUCCCCAAAAUCAUCCAAGAUCAACUCUGCAAACAACAGGAGACGGUUCAUGGCUCAGGCUAGCGCUCCUCCAUCUUCCGAGCUGCUGAGGUUAUUAUUGCCGAUUAAUCAACAGAAGAGCAGGAGGAGGUUGCAACCGAGAAGCUGCUGCAGUCCAGGCUGCUGCUCCUGCUGCUGCUGCUGCUCCUGCUGCUCCUGCUGCUGCUGCUGCUGCUGCAAGUUUUAUGAGAGACAUGACAAGAAGGGCACAAGCUAGAGACCAUCAUGAAGAGUAAUGUACAGAUCAGCUCUCAGAAUGUCUUCUGUGUCUUCCGUGCAUCUUCUCAGACAAUUGCAUUAGCCUCCUGCUAGUUGACUAAUAGAAUUAAUAAUUGUAAAAAGCAUUCUAAAGCCACAUGCCUUAUGAAGUCAAUGCUGGGUAUGAUUUUACAAAUAUGGUCCGGAAAAAGAACCCCCCUCUGAGAAACAUUGCUAGUGAAGGCGAGGUACUGACCCUCGAGCCUGUAGGUACCGAGAGCAAGGUGUCUGGAAGGAACAAAGAAUUUUCUUCAGAUCAGAUGCCAGAAAACACUGACCAGGGUGAUGCUUCAGAACUGAACAAUAAGGAGGAGCAGUGCAUGCAUGUUCAAGAUCCAUCUUCCAGCACUAAGAAGGACUUGAAAAGCUCAGUCCUUACAGAGAAGGCUGGCUUCAAUUAUGAAAGCCACAGCAAGGGAGGAAAUGUUCCAUCCUUCCCUCAUGAUGAGGUGACAGACAGAAAUAUGUUGGCUUUCUCAUCUCCAGCUGCUGGGGGAAUCUGUGAAUCCUUGAAGUCUCCUCAGAGAUCAGAUGCAGAUGACACCCAAGAUAUGGCCUGCCCCUCAGCGGGGGACCAUUUGGAGACCAAUGAAGAACAUCAGAUGUCACCCAAGGCUCCAGUGGAGACGGUGCGAGUGCAGAGUAGUCAGGCCGAUUGUCAGGGGUCAAGUCCGAUGUCCGUGGCCUCAAAAAACCCACAAGUGCCUUCAGAUGGGAGUUUGAGACUAAACAAAUCCAAACCCGAUUUGUUGGGAAAUGAUCAUCCAGAUGCGGCACCUCUGUCGCCGGAGCUCCAGGACUUCAAAUGUAACAUCUGUGGAUAUGGUUACUAUGGUAACGACCCCACCGACCUGAUUAAGCACUUCCGCAAGUACCACCUAGGACUGCAUAACCGCACGAGGCAGGAUGCUGAGCUCGACACUAAGAUCCUGGCCCUCCAUAACAUGGUGCAAUUCAGCCACUCCAAAGACUUCCAGAAAGUCAAUCGUACUGUGCUUUCCGGAGUGCUGCAGGACAUCAAUUCCUCCAGGCCUGCUUUGCUGAAUGGGACGUACGACGUGCAGGUUACUUCAGGUGGAACCUUUAUUGGAAUCGGACGCAAGACUCCCGAUUGCCAAGGAAACACAAAGUAUUUCCGCUGUAAAUUUUGCAAUUUCACAUACAUGGGCAAUUCAUCAACCGAACUAGAACAACACUUUCUGCAGACUCACCCAAACAAAAUAAAAGCCUCCCUCCCUUCCUCUGAAUCUGGGAAAUCUUCGGAGAAAACCUCGAACAAAUCCAGCCCCACCCUGCGGUCUUGCGAUGCUGGAGACUUGGGAAAGUGGCAAGACAAAAUCACCGUCAAAGCGGGAGACGACACUCCCGUUGGUUACUCAGUGCCCAUCAAACCCCUCGAGUCCUCAAAAUCAAACGGUACCGAUGCCACCAGUUACUACUGGUGCAAAUUUUGUAGUUUCAGCUGUGAAUCCUCCAGCUCAGUCAAACUGUUAGAACAUUACAGCAAGCAGCAUGGUGGAGGCCGGCCAGCGGGCUUCAAUCCAGAUUUGAACGAUAAGCUCUCCAGGGGCUCGGUCAUCAAUCAGAAUGACCUAGUCAAAGUUGCAGAGGGGGAACCAGCUACCAAGGCAGAGAAAGGUUCCGGCACUGCUAAAAAGAAAGACUUCUCCGUCAAGGGAGCAGAGGAUAAUAUGGUCACAAGCUACAACUGCCAGUUCUGUGAUUUUCGCUACUCCAAGAGCCACGGCCCUGAUGUUAUCGUAGUGGGGCCGCUGCUCCGCCAUUACCAACAGCUCCACAACAUUCACAAAUGUACCAUUAAGCACUGUCCGUUUUGUCCCCGGGGCCUCUGUAGCCCAGAAAAGCACCUUGGAGAGAUUACUUAUCCGUUCGCUUGCAGAAAAAGUAAUUGUUCCCACUGUGCCCUCUUGCUCUUGCACUUGUCUCCAGGGGCCGCCGGAAGCUCCCGAGUCAAACAUCAGUGUCACCAGUGUACCUUCUCAACUCCCGAUGUCGAUAUUCUGCUCCUCCAUUAUGAAAAUGCCCACGAGCCCCAGGCGCCGGAUGUCAAACAAGAAUCGAAUCACUUGCCAGGGGCUGAUGGGCCACUGACUGUCAAAGAAAACAAGGAGCACUCAUGUACCAAGUGUGACUUUGUUACCCACCUCGAAGAAGAGAUUUCCCGACACUACAGGAGAGCGCAUAACUGCUACAAAUGUCGUCAGUGCAGCUUUACAGCUGCUGAUACCCAAGCACUACUAGAGCACUUCAACACUGCGCAUUGCCUGGAAUUGGACAUCACUACAGCCAAUGGAGAGGAGGACAGCCAUGGCACGUCUGCUAUCAAGGAGGAGCCCAAAAUUGACCUAAAGGUCUAUAGUUUGAUCAACCCCGAUCCCAAAAUGGGAGAGUCAGUUUCUGACAGCAUGGUGAAGAGGGAGAAGUUGGACGAUAAAGAAGGGCUUAAAGAAAAAACCUGGACUGACAGUUCCAGUGAUGAUUUACGCAGUGUGACCUGGAGAGGAACAGACAUUUUGAGGGGGAGCCCAUCGUACACCCAGUCAGGACUCGGCCUUCUCACCCCCGGCUCUGCCAACCAAGAGCAGCCAAAGCCUUUAAGGGAUAGCCCAAAUGUAGAAGCUGCACACCUUGCUCGGCCCAUAUAUGGCUUGGCUGUUGAGACCAAGGGUUUUCUUCAGGGGGUUCCCGCAGGAGGAGGAGAGAAGUCCGGACCCCUCUCUCAGCCGUAUCCAGCCACAGGCGAUAACAAGUCUAAGGAUGAGUCCCAGUCUCUUUUACGGAGACGUAGAGGCUCUGGUGUAUUUUGUGCCAAUUGUCUGACCACAAAGACCUCUCUCUGGCGAAAGAAUGCAAAUGGUGGAUAUGUAUGCAAUGCGUGUGGCCUCUACCAGAAACUUCACUCGACUCCCAGGCCUUUAAACAUUAUUAAGCAGAACAAUGGUGAGCAGAUCAUUAGGAGACGAACGAGAAAGCGCCUUAACCCAGAGGCCCUCCAGACUGAGCAGUUAACCAAACAGCAGCGGGGUAGCUCUGAGGAGCAGCUCAAUGGAAGCCCAUUAGAAAGGAGGUCAGAUGAUCACAUACCGGAAGGUCACCAGAGAGAAAUCCAGCUCCCCGGUCUGAGUAAAUACGAGACGCAGGGCGCGUUGACUAAAAGCCAUUCAGCUCAGCAGCCGAUAUUGGUCAGCCAAACUCUGGAUAUUCACAAAAGGAUGCACCCUUUGCACAUUCAGAUAAAAAGCCCUCAGGAAAGUACUGGAGACCCAGGAAAUAGUUCAUCGGUGUCGGAAGGGAAGGGAAGCUCUGAGAGAGGCAGUCCGAUAGAGAAAUACAUGAGACCUGCGAAACACCCAAAUUAUUCGCCACCAGGAAGUCCAAUCGAGAAGUACCAGUACCCGCUCUUUGGACUCCCAUUUGUACAUAAUGACUUCCAGAGUGAAGCGGAUUGGCUGCGGUUCUGGAGUAAGUAUAAGCUGUCCGUUCCUGGGAACCCGCACUAUUUGAGUCAUGUGCCUGGCCUACCGAAUCCUUGCCAAAACUAUGUGCCUUAUCCCACCUUUAAUCUGCCUCCUCAUUUCCCAGCUGUUGGAUCAGACAAUGACAUUCCUCUAGAUUUGGCAAUCAAGCAUUCCAGACCUGGACCAACCGCCAAUGGCGCUGCUAAGGAGAAAACGAAAGCGCCAUCGAGUGUAAAAAAUGAAGGUCCCUUGAAUGUAGUAAAAACAGAAAAAGUCGAUAGAAGUACUCAAGACGAACUUUCGACGAAAUGUGUGCACUGUGGCAUUGUCUUUCUGGAUGAAGUGAUGUAUGCUUUGCAUAUGAGUUGCCAUGGUGACAGUGGACCUUUCCAGUGCAGCAUAUGCCAGCAUCUUUGCACGGACAAGUAUGACUUCACAACUCACAUCCAGAGGGGCCUACAUAGGAACAAUGCACAACCCGAAAAGAAUGGCAAAACUAAAGAUUAAAACCUUAGCACUUA